AUGUCAGGCGAACUACAGACUAUUCCUGCACGCCAUGGCGUUGCGACGUUCGUACCGCGUGGCCGCACGAUCAAAGUCAUCAACACCUACGGCAAGCAGGUUGUCAGUAUGUGGGCGUUCACAUUAGGUGCACCACCUGAGGAAGGCGAUGAGGAUGCCCCAGGUGACGAGGAGAUCGAAGAGGAGGCGAAGAAGCUACAGGAAGCUGCAGAGCGAGAAGAGGGCCAGAGUGAGAAGAAAGAGCCCGAGCCAGCAAAAGAGAAAAAGUCCAAGGACCAAGAGUCCAAGGACCAGAUGGAGGAUAAGAAGGAGCACUCAGACUCGAGCACAGGCGAGCAGUCGAAAAAGGGACACGAAGAUCCUCCUGAGCAAGCGCCAGAGAUACCUGACAACGAGAAGUCUACCGAAGGCACAACAAAGUCCGUCGAGAAGGCCGCGAGGCAGCUCUCCAAGCGAACCUGGGCGUCCUACCUCCCCUCGAUCCCGUACCGCUCCAAGGGCAAAGGAGACAAGAUAGGCAAGGCUGAAGUCGAACAAGAGCCUAGCCCUGACGAGCAGAGAGCACAGAAUGAAGCCAACACCAAGAAGUGGUCCUCGUACAUCCCAACCGGCAAAGGCUUCUCAAGCUACAUCCCAAACGUAGAGGUGCCCAGUAAGGAGGGUGUUGUGAGCGCGUUCAAGUCGAGCCAUUACCGUGAUCCCAACAAAAGCUAUGCUGAGCAGCUGUACGACUUCUCCAAGACGCCUGUCGGCGCGGGCACCAUUGCGGCGGCCACCGGGUCAGGCUACGCAUCCACCGUUUACGCCGCCUACUCGGCCUACGCGCAAACCCACCCUUCGAAAGACUCCCGCCCACCGAUGGAGUACCUCUCGCUGCCCCACACACGCGCCUCAUCCUACAAGCUAGUCCCCGAAGUCGACGACACCCUCCUGACAAACCUGCGCAACCCCAUCAUCACUCUCGUCGAAGACACCACACCUGGUGCGCACGACACACUGACCGCUGCAUGCGAUGCAAACCUGUAUGCCGCACUCGGCGUCGAGAAGCCCGCCGAGCACGGCAGUUGCGCGGAAAACCUGGUCCUCGCGCUCAAAGAACUGAAUGAGAACGCUGGUCUGAAAGGCGCGAAAGCCGUCGGUGCGGAUAUCAGCGUCAACAUUGCCCCCACACCUUUGCAUCUGUUUAUGGUCACCCCCAUCGAACUACCCUCAGACGCAAAGACCACCGAGUCUGGCGCCAAAGGCGCGAAGCUCGCAGUUGAGGAACCUAAGGGCAAAAAGAGGGGAUUCGUGCGGUUCCGGGCUGAGCGCGACGUCGUUGUGGUGUUUAGCGCGUGUCCGAUGGAUGUUGGGCCUCAGAAUGGCGGGCGGUGUAUGGCUGCGAACUUCAUGGUCGAGGAGGCGGAGGCGGAUGACAAUGCGUCGGUUAAGAGUGGGAAGAGCAGGAGGAAGAUGCCGCCGAAGAAGCUAAAUGCGGCGGGCAAGAAGGAUGAGAGUAAGGAAGCUACUGAGAAGAUUGAAGAGAAGGAAGAGAAAAUCGAAAAAGCCAAACCGAAGAAGCUCAAUGCACCCAACGAGGAGGAUGAAGACAAGCGGGCAGAAAGAAAGGAAACCGAGGACAAUGGCAGCGAGAAAGGAAGUGACGCGCCUUCCGAGGAAUCAGCAAAGCCGAAGAAGAAGCCUAAGAAAUUGCAGGUGCGAUCCAGGCAGUAA